GGGAAACCGUUUUCAACCGCUUCUGGAGUCCAUUUAGCAAAUGCUCCACAGAGACCCCACCCUGCGGAUGUUUUACCCGUGUACAAUUAAUUGAGGCUGGGACCGCCAUCUCGGAUGUGCUACCGGAAUGGUUGGAACUGUAGCCAGGAGACCUUUCUGGCGCCGAAUAGGUUUGCCUUUGGAAACCUGGCAAGCCGCGUUGCUCCCCUUCCAAGGCCGUUUCCAUCCAGCUCCAGAUCCGGAACCCGCUUCCCGUCCUUCCAGCCAGCGAGGGGGGCAGCGGGCUAACGAGAAGGGGAAACGGGGUGUCGGCUGAGGAAGGAGCCGGACUCUUCCCGCCGCUUCCUUCCCACUCACUCACUCCGCCGCCUCGCGCGCGCUCUUUUCCCCCCAGCAGGACCGUGCAACGUGGGACCAAAGCUCCUUUGAGGACCAGCCGGGAUGCCGCUGCCGAGCCGCGCUUGGUCCCAACGGGCCGCUCUGCCUUUGGCUGCGCUGGUGGGGCUCCUCCUCCUCCUCCUCUGCCCGUGCCCGGGUGUUUCAAAGGCAAAUAAACUUAGGCUGAUGCUUCAGAAAAAAGAAGCCCCUGUUCUGAUGAAGGAAGAGAUGUCUGUUAAAGAAGAUAAGGCCAAGGAAUUCUUAAACAAUCUGAAACGUCAGAAGCGCCAGCUUUGGGACAGAAGUCAGCCUGACGUACAGCAGUGGUACCAGCACUUUCUCUAUUUGGGUUUUGAUGAAGCUAAAUUUGAAGAUUAUGUCUCCUACUGGUCAAACGUAGGCCGUGGUGGCCAUGAAUAUGAUGGUGGCUAUUAUCAUCACCAUUAUGAUGAAGAUGCUCCUAUUGGCCCACAAAAUCCAGACACCUUCAGACAUGGAGCAAAUGUCAAUUAUGAUGAUUAUUAUUAAGAUUAUUCUCUGUCUCAACUAUUGUUAUUAACCCUUUCCUCUCUGUAUUGACUAUAUUAAUUCUUACUUCUCUGUGUAAGGGCACUAGAAAGAUUUUUUUAAAUUGAUUUUAGUCUGGUUCUUAAUUGUAGCUGAUGGAAUUGGGGGAAGAAACCAGAAAAAUUGGUCUUGCAUAUAUUCCUUAACAUAACUGCUUUAAAAUUAAAGCUUUUUUAUACAUUUUAUUACCGUACAUAUUUUACAUUAUGAAGACUAACUUUACUGAGACAGUAAAUACAGCCAUCUAUUUUAUAUUAAUGUACAGCUUACAACAAAUAAAAAAAAUGAACAACAGUGUCAUACAAUAACAUCCUAUUACCCACCACAGGGCCAUGAUAUCACCAUACCAACUCUGCAUUUUUCUGGAUUCACUCUCAUCUUAGCCCAAUUGUGGGGGAAGAGUCAAGAUUCAUGGCCUGAAGGUUCAAGGCUAAAAGGAUAAUGGCCCUUCGGAUCUCGGGGGUAAAAAUUGUAAGCUAUUAUGUCUUGCUAGGGUUGAGUUGCAGUAAGUUCUUCCCCAUCCAGAGCCUUCAGGCAUUGGUUCAGCACCAGAACAUCAUUACCUGUCCAGUCGAGGGUGGAGGUGUAUAAUUAACAUUUGCAUAUUGAUGAAACUGUACUGCCAAUUGACCACCCUCGGGCUUUCUAUGUUAAAUAGAAGUGAUGAGAAACCAAGCCUUGAGGCACCUAGUUAAGAUAGGUGUAGACUUCUCUUCCCCAAUCCUUUUACCAGUUACAGGAAGGGAAAAACACUGCAAAACAGUGACUUCCAAUUCCAACCUCCAAAUCCAAUCCAGAAUGAUGCUCUAGUUGAUGGUACUAAAGUGAUCCGAGUGAUCCAGAAGGGCCAGGAUGGAUGCAACAUCCCCAUCCCAAGCUUUUCAGAGGUGAACAAAUGUGACCAAUGUCAUGUCAGUACUAUAAAACUGACUGAAAAAGGUCUAGAUAAUAUAAUUCAUCCAGGACUCCAAUGCUACACACUGGAAACCUGGAACUUGGAAAUCUGGAAAUAUCGGAUGGUCCUGGCUCUAUCUCUGCGUCCGACACAGAGCAUCCAUCAGAGCCUUCCCCAGACUCAAGAACUGGCCCAGGUUCCUCCCAAACCUCCCCAUCAUCCAAGUCUGCUGCCAGCUCUGGUGGCAGCUGGCAGGCCACAACAUUAUCUUCCCCCAAACACUGCCAUCUCCUGAGAAGCCUUAACCAACUGGGGAGGGAGAAGAACCCAGAUACAUGACUAAGGUCAUAGAAACAAGGACCUAUCUACUUUCUCAACAUCAACUGACUCAAACUCUCCCAACUAACAAAGUGAGUAAUUUCCAUAGAACCUGCUUAGCCAAGUUUACCUCAGUAAAGCC